UAUCUUCGCGAGAGGAGAAAUAGUGAUAAUAGAGCGGUGGGAUUAUAAGGAUUAUAGCUGCUUGAGCCAUCUGUGGCCUCAGACUAAUAAACAUUAGUGUUUGGAUAAGCCUGAUUAACAGGAAGUUAGAAUCAUAAACCAGUAUUGAAUUCCUUCACGCGACAUAAACUAUGCGUGAGACGUAACGGUGACGUACGCCCCGCCUUCGCGUCCGUUUCCAAUGGCAACCACUCCCUGGCACCACCAUGGAAACCCUUACAAAUAUUGAAAUGGCAGCUAUAGCGAAACUUGAGAGGGAUGCUGGCGUACACAGGCUCAGCAGUCACUUCCUGUGGUCCGAGUUCAAUGACGAGAGGCAAACCUUUCAUCAGGAGUUUGUGUACGACGCCGCCAUGUUGGCUAUCGACUCUGGCUUCAGCCCUGCCAACGUGACCCAGUCUGCCAUGUUGGCCAGAGACAUCUACCCACAACUGGAGGAACUCGACUUGAACAAGUUCCUGACCCUCCUGAAGGGUGCGCUGAGGAGGUGUUUACCAAGCCUGACCCCAGUCCAGCAGCAUAAAUUCAUCCAGUACUUUACGGACUUCUGGGUGGAGAGGAGGAAGCUUUUUAAGGCGGCGGUGGGAGGGGCGACCACUCAGACCGUGCAGCGGCUUCAGCUGGAGGUGGAGCUGCCGCCCAUCCCCUGCCCCUUGGUGCAGGGCAGUGAGGUCCUAAGCGAACCCGACCCACAGCUCACCUCCUCUCAGCUGUCGGAGGAGGAGGAGGAGGAGGAGGUGCUGAAGGCUCUCCAGGACCAGCAGGUCACUUUAGGGGAGGCUGGCGUGCCAAAAGGUCUUCAACGGAGCAAACGAGCAGCUCAAAAGCGGCUUUAGAAAAUCGAAAUUGUUUUUUUUUUUUUUUAGCUGCUCUGAAGGAUUCCCUGAAAUGUUCUGCAGAUUACAUGAUUGUGUGAUGAUCUGUGCUUUUGUAUAGUUACAUAACAGCUCUUGAUUAUAUAAACAGACUCCUACGCUCAAUACGCAGAUUACCAAACAGCCAAAAUAAAAACAUUUAAAAAAAAGUCUACGACUUUGUC